AUGAACGAACAUCAAAGUAAUCAAGUUGAAUCAAUAGAUGUUACUGAUCCUCAAUGUAAUGUACAAGUUCCAACAAGAGAUUCUAAUAAAAAACCAUCUUUAUUAGAAGUACUUCGUCAUCAUAUAAAAUCAUUCAAUGGUAGUGAUGAUGCUCGUGAAUGGUUAAAACAUAUUCAAUCGAAAUUUUCAGCAUUUAAUUUAACAUUUAAAGAACGAUUUCAAAUUAUUCCAUAUUUUUUUGAAGAUGAUGUAUUUAUUUGGUAUGCUUUGAAUCAAGAUAAAGUUCAAUCCUAUGCACAUUUAUGUCAAUUAUUUAUUCAUGAAUAUUUUAAAUUAAAACAAAAUUCUGAUCUUGAUGCUAAUGUUAAUCUUGGACAAACAAAUAAAUAUUUAUUGUUACGUUUUGAAAAAGAUAAAUCUUCUUCUAUUCAAUUAAUUGGUGCAGUAGUUAUUCGACCAAAAUCCAAAACAACACCACAACAUAUAACGUCAUCAUCUCCAUCACAACAUAUAUCAUCAUCAUCAACACAGUCUCCAAAUGACUUUAAUUAUUCAAAUCCUGAUAAAAAAAGUUUUGAUAUAACUAAAUUAAAAGAAUAUCAGUUUAAUGAUAAACAAGUUCAAAAGGUUCUUAAUGAUUUAAAAGAAAAUACAAAUAUGUCUUUUGUUUAUCAAGAUGGAAUUUUAUAUAAAUUAGCAUCUAUUCCACAUGGAAAGACUCCACGUAAAUUAUUUUAUAUUCCAUCAUCUAUGAUCAAACAUUUGCUUAUUUCUUAUCACAAUAAUCCUCUUAUUGGUGGAUAUUUUGCAAUACGACGAACAUUAGAAAAACUUAAACAACAGUUUUGGUGGCCCGAUAGACCACUAUUACUUCCAGAUAAUUGA